GAAAAUACAAAUAACCGCUUGUGUUUGCCGGCCCCUGCAGUGAAUGCUGAGUCUGCAGCGUGCAAAGAUCGCCGCUUUGGAGAUCCAAGUGCUCAAGGCUUAGCCUGCAGUAGGAAGUGUCCGCCGUUUAUUCUUCACCGUUAUUGUGCUCUUUUACCAGCACGGUGUGAAGUUUAGCUAGACUCUGGUUUGUAAAAUGAAGAGCUCGGUCCCUCUUUUUAUGACCUUUUUCACUGUCAGCGUUAUUUUAAUGCACGGGAGGUGUGACGAGGAGAUCAGGAGACCGCGGAGAUUAGCUCAGAUUUUAGGAUUUUCCUGGGAGAACUGCGGAAAGCCUGACGACCCAGCUGUUUUGAAGGCUCUUAAACUGUCUCCAGACCCGAUUACUAUUCCCGGAGAUUUGACUGCGAGCGCAUCGGGCAGCACGUCAGUGGCGCUGGUUUCUCCUCUGUCUGUGAAUGUCACGAUGGAGAAGGAGGUGGCUGGAAUCUGGGUCAAGAUACCGUGUGUCGAGGAGAUAGGGAGUUGCCACUAUCCGGAUGGCUGUGACAUAUUGAACCAGCUCAUUCCUCCUGGCCAGGACUGCCCUGAGCCCCUGCACACAUAUGGUCUCCCCUGCCGCUGCCCCUUCAAAGCAGGGGACUACAGUCUGCCUCAGUCUGAUUUCUACGUGCCAAAUAUAGACCUGCCCUUCUGGCUGACCAACGGCAACUACCGUGUGCAGGGGGUUCUGGGAAGUGCGGGUAAAGAGCUGGGAUGCCUCAAAGUCAGCCUGACCAUACACUCAGGAUAAUGAUGAUGAUGAUGAUGAUGAUGAUGAUGAUGAUUACCAAAUCAGGGAGACAGUUUGGGAAACUUUAAAGCAGGACAUCUGCAUUCUGUUCCAUGGUGACACAUGGCUGUUUAAAAAAGGCAGUCAUGAGAAGCUUGCACAUCCAAAUAGCUGAUCCUUUUUUAAAUAUCGUAAAGACAGAAAAUGGUACCUGAUGACUUCAACUACUGUUAUUCUUUUGUCAGUUGAUAGUGUGAUAUGAUGAUAGAUAAUCAAAACACUGAUUAGGUCAUAGAAAUGAUGCAUCACUGCACUAUUGACCUGAGAUGAUUAAUGAAUAAUGUAGGUGCAUUUUUCAAGAUUCAACAAGGCUUUUAAGAUAAGUAUUGAUUUUAUUACUUUAAAGAAGAAAAUUAGCCUUUAUGAUUUUAGUUUUUAAGCUGUUUUUUAAUUUUUUUGUACAUUUUUAAAGUAAUUGUUUUAGGUACACUGUUGUAAUUUGAAUGCCUGCUGUAACCCAGAAAGGGAGAACAGUCACUGCCUUGAGGGUUUUUUUUUCUCUGGUGUGGGAGAUCUUAUGAUGGCCAAUCAUUUUCUGUUUUUGCACUCUGAUUUAUGUGUUAUUUAUCACUAAAAGCUGCUUCCUAACAUUUCUUAAACAUAAGCUCUUUUAAAUAAAAAUGUCCAACUUACAAUGGAAGACUCAAAUAAAUUGCUGUUAGAUUUGUUAUAUUUUCUACCAGCAGUGUUUUAUCACUGCAGUGCAUCUAGAAUACUUGCUAUAUGUCUUUAAUAUUUAAUUUGUCAAACGCUUCAGUAAAAUUAAGUUCAAGUAACAUU